GACACUGACAUCGUUAGAUUUAUAUGGCGCAAUCAUUUUACCCGGUUGCACGAUUUUGCUUGCUUGUAUCGUUACAUUAAUCUGUCAAUAAAAAUUUUGUAUUUAUAAUCGAUAAUAAAUAUAAAAAAAGUGUGUUCGGUUCUAUAGUGUUACUUCUUUAUAAUAUUAAUUGAAAGAUAUUAUCUCUAAACAAUUAUAAGAAAUCAUAUUUCGUUUUAAAAUAUAAUCUGUACUCCAAACUAGAGAUAAUUAAUAUAUUUUUAAAAAGUACUUUAUUAUAAUAAAAAAUGGUAGUUAGGCAGUAUCAAGAAGAAUUAAAAUACUUAGAAAAGAUAACUGAAACAUGUUGGAGGAUAAAGAAGGGUUUUCAACCUAAUAUGAAGGUUGAAGGUGUUUUUUAUGUAAAUAACACGUUAGAACGGUUAAUGUUUGAUGAGUUAAAAAAUGCAUGCAGACCAGGAGCAGUGGGUGGGUUUCUCCCAGGUAUGAAACAGAUUGCCAAUGUUGCUGCUCUUCCUGGUAUUGUUUGGAAGUCGGUUGGAUUGCCUGAUGUACAUUCUGGAUAUGGUUUUGCAAUUGGUAACAUGGCAGCAUUUGAUAUGAAUGACCCAAAAUCUAUAGUAUCACCUGGUGGAGUCGGAUUUGACAUAAAUUGUGGAGUACGUCUAUUAAGAACUAACUUGUUCGAAGAAGAUGUUCUACCUGUGAAGGAACAACUUGCCCAGAGCAUGUUUGAUCACAUUCCUGUUGGUGUUGGUUCAAAAGGAAUCAUACCCAUGAACGCACGUGAUUUAGAAGAAGCCUUAGAAAUGGGAAUGGAUUGGUCUCUCAGAGAAGGUUAUAUCUGGGCAGAGGAUAAAGAACAUUGUGAAGAAUAUGGUAGAAUGCUUAAUGCAGAUUCUUCUAAGGUAUCAAUGAGGGCUAAGAAACGUGGGCUUCCACAGCUAGGAACAUUAGGUGCAGGAAACCACUAUGCAGAGAUUCAAGUAGUAGAUCAAAUUUACGACAAAUGGGCAGCAUGUAAAAUGGGUAUUGAAGAAAAGGGUCAAAUUUGUGUGAUGAUUCAUUCUGGUAGCAGAGGAUUUGGACACCAAGUUGCAACUGAUGCACUUGUACAAAUGGAAAAGGCCAUGAAACGAGACAAUAUCGAAACUAACGAUAGGCAGUUAGCUUGCGCUCAUAUAAAAUCUCAAGAAGGUCAAGAUUAUCUAAAAGCUAUGGCUGCAGCUGCCAAUUUUGCAUGGGUCAAUAGGAGCUCUAUGACAUUCCUCAGUCGACAAGCAUUUGCCAAACAGUUCCGACAAUCUCCCGAUGAUUUAGACAUGCAUGUUAUAUAUGAUGUCUCCCAUAAUAUUGCAAAAAUAGAAGAACAUAUGGUCGACGGAAAGCAGAAAACCCUUCUAGUGCAUAGGAAGGGAUCUACAAGAGCAUUUCCACCUCACCAUCCUCUGAUUCCUGUAGACUAUCAAUUAACAGGUCAACCUGUUUUAAUUGGUGGUACUAUGGGAACUUGUAGCUACGUUCUUACUGGAACUGAUCAAGCUAUGAAAGAAACAUUUGGAUCCACGUGUCAUGGAGCAGGUCGAGCUUUAUCUAGAGCCAAGUCACGCAGAAACUUGGACUACACAGAUGUAUUAGAAAAAUUAGAACGACAAGGAAUAUCGAUUAGAGUCGCUUCGCCUAAGUUAGUUAUGGAAGAAGCACCGGAGUCUUACAAAAAUGUGACAGAUGUUGUGGAUACGUGCCAUGCUGCAGGUAUUUCCCGGAAAUGUAUAAAAUUAAGGCCAAUUGCAGUUAUCAAAGGAUAAUUAAACUACACGACAGUCUUAUGCGCAAAUAAAGUUAUAAAUAAAUAUAUUGAAAAUGAUUCUUAAACAUACAGUUCAGUACCAUGCUACAACUGAACACACAAAACGACUUAACAACGCAAAUGUUUUGAUAUUAUAAGCAUUUUCAAGACUAAAACAUUAGAUAACGUGUGUUUUUCUUUCAUAUUUUCAUUUCAAAUACUCUAUCUUUUAAUAAAUUUCUAACGCUUAAAAUUCAA